UGGUAAGGUUAGAGAGGUGGUGGAAUAUGAGAAGUUCAGAAAUGAAAUUGCUGUGUCCAGUGACAAAGACUAAGAGCAUGGGUUUCCUAUCCCUCGUUACUUUUCUACUCUUCUCAUUCUCAAUGCCAACACUCUCUUCCUCCCAAAAUGUUGGGAACAUCCUACUCACUAAUCGUAAGAUGUUCCUCAAACAAGAACCCAUUACCUCUUACGCUGUUAUCUUCGAUGCUGGAAGCACUGGAAGCCGCGUUCACGUGUUCCAUUUUGACCAAAACUUAGAUCUUCUUCGCAUUGGCAACGAACUUGAUCAUUAUAAAAAGAUCACACCCGGUUUGAGUGCAUACGCGGACAAUCCUCAACAAGCCGCAAAAUCUCUGAUUCCACUUCUAGAUGAAGCUGAAAGUGUUGUCCCUGAGGAUAUGCACCCCAAGACACCCCUUAAGCUUGGGGCAACUGCAGGAUUAAGGCUUUUGGAUGGGGACGCUGCUGAAAGGAUUUUGCAAGCGGUUAGGGAUAUGUUUAAGAACAGAAGCACCUUAAAUGUUCAACCUGAUGCAGUUAGCGUUAUAGAUGGAUUGCAAGAAGGUUCUUAUCUGUGGGUGGCUGUCAACUAUCUACUGGGAAAGUUGGGGAAAAAGUUUACAAAAACAGUGGGAGUAGUUGAUCUUGGAGGUGGAUCAGUGCAAAUGGCAUAUGCUGUCUCAAGGAACACAGCUAAAACUGCUCCAAAAGCACCAGAAGGAGGGGAUCCCUACAUGAAGAAGCUUGUACUCAAGGGAAAGAAAUAUGACCUUUAUGUUCACAGUUACUUGCGCUAUGGCAGAGAAGCAGCUCGUGCUGAGAUUUUGAAGGUCACGGAUGGUUCUGCUAAUCCUUGCAUUUUAGCUGGCUUUGAUGGUAUCUACACAUAUUCAGGAGCGAACUAUAAGGCCUAUGCCCCCACUUCCGGUUCCAAUUUUGAUGAAUGCAGAGAGCUAGUUCGUCUGGCUCUCAAAGUGAAUGAGCCAUGUCCUCAUCAGAAUUGCACUUUCGGUGGGAUUUGGGAUGGUGGAAAGGGAAGUGGACAAAGAAAUCUUUAUGUUACUUCAUCUUUUUAUUACGUGGCUUCAGAGGUUGGUAUCGCUGAUCCAAAGAAACCCAAUUCCAAAAUUCAUCCUGAAGAUUUGAAGACUGGAGCUAAGAAAGCAUGUGGAAUAACACUCGAGGAUGCCAAAUCCACAUACCCACUUGUUCAGGAAGCAAAACUUCCAUAUUUAUGCAUGGAUCUUACAUAUCAGUAUACGUUGCUCAUAGAUGGAUUUGGCCUAGAUCCAUCGCAAGAGAUUACAGUGGCGAAAGGAAUAGAAUAUCAGGAUGCUGUUGUGGAAACAGCAUGGCCUCUAGGAACUGCCAUAGAAGCCAUUUCAUCUUUGCCUAAAUUUAACCGAUUAAUGUAUUUUAUUUAA